CUCCUUCUUGCAGGACUGUGUCUGGUUUUUCAUAUCGAGUGCUGGCAAACUACCGCUUCAGAUGGACCGGUUCUUCAUUGGGAAGACACAUCUGUUUUGCCAUGGCAAAUUCAGUCCAAGGCAGAACGUGUAUUAUCACAGUUUCAAAUGAAACAUCUCCUUUCAUCUGUGACCUCUCCCGGAAGUGAAGAGCAGGCAAAUGCGUCGGACGUAGUCAUCUUUCCUAUUAUCCAAGCAGGGCAAUUCAAUAUCCGAGAGGAGGAGGAUACCCUGUCGAUGCUCUUUGAUCACUUGGCAUCUCGCGAGCAUUGCAUUGACCAACAACCUGUCAUGAAUUUGACAAGCGGUUACUUUGGACUAUCCAAGGAAUACCAGGAUCUGAUUUUGAAAUCUAAUAGUGGAUGCAGUAUCAUAGCAGCUAGUCCGAAGGCAAAUGGUUUUUACGGUUCUGGUGGCUUGUCUGGGCUCAUCCCUGAAGGAUAUACCCUAUUGGAGCAGCGCUUCAUGAGAGCGGUAACAGCCGCGAACCGAUCUUCUCCUUCCAACGUUCCAGACGGUCGUAAUGUUAGCCUUAGAGAGUGGGAGAGGGAUGGUUGGACAUAUCACGCGAAAGGAAUUUGGCUUUCUCCUUCAGUAGAUACACCGCCAGUCCUCACACUUUUUGGAUCGACGAACUUGAAUUCACGUUCAGCAAACCUUGAUACAGAGUUGUCGUUCGUUAUGGCAACCUCGUCAGAUGGUCUACGUCAGAAUUUACAGGAGGAAAUCCAGGGACUGCAUCAUUGGGCGGUACCUUGGAGGGGUGGAAACAGAAACGUCAGGUGGCGCACGAAAGCCAUCGUAGGUCUCGUCGGUGGAAUGUUGUAGGCAGGUCACGGUUAUCGUUGUCAUUCCAUGUCCUUCAAUGCCACAUAACUCAUCUCACUGUGGUAUCGGUUUUUCA